AGUUCAACUCCGAGGCUCCCGGGCUUCGCGAGGACGCAUUUGCAGCCCCCUCUGCCUCUCCUCUCGGGCGGCCGGGGCGAAGGAGCCGCCUUGCUGGGGCUUCGUGGUGGUGUAUUUCAUAUUGGGGCUCUUUUCGGGGUUUGUAAUUUGGCCGUGGGUAGGUAAUUGGCUGGAGCAGGGCGGCAGGGCGCGGCAGCCAAUCAGCGCGCGGCUUCUAUAGGGCUUGAGUUAUUAGACGCUGAUCUCAAAACAUCGUUCAUCAGACACCAAGGAGAGGCCAACAGAUGAGGGGAGCCAUUUUUCUGCAAUGGAAUUAAAUGGCCAAGUGGGUUUUUCCUUUGUUGCAAAUGGGGAAUGUUUUUCCUUUGACUCCACCAUCCAGUUCAGGACGCCUCAGUGUUGUGUUUAACAUUUGUCAACAGGCUAAAGGACUCACAAUUGGAAGAAUGAAGAAGACUUUUUAAAAAGAUCUGGAUUUUUCCUUAUGACUUGGAAUCCAUCUUUGUCUUGUAUAACUAGGUCAUAGCACACCAUUAAUGUCAGCAGUUAACAAUUUUGAAUUCCAAAAAACCUAAGUAAAUGACAUAUUUAAUUUUUUUUCCUCUUUUUUUUUCUUGGGUGGGUGGGGGGAGCUUGGAGCUAUCUUAAUCUGUAUUCUCUUGACUGAACAAUAAAUUUUUAAAUAUAUAUAGUUUCCUCUAUUAAACACUUAAACCUGGCCAUCUUAUUAACUCCUUCUGCUCUUUUUUUUUUUUUUUUAACAAGGUAAUGUUUUAAAUGUAUAGUUUUAGGACUAGCGAAAUGGCAGCAACAAAAAAUUGUAAGCAGUCGUUACGCUUUUAAGUUUUUAAAAACCUUUUACAUUGUAAGUACCCAAUCCAUUCUGUCCUUACGCAGUGCAGUUUCUAUGUUAAUGUUGCUGAGAUGUCCUUAAUUUUCUGAACCUUCAUCUGCAUGUAUGUCUUUGUCGCUCUUGUCUAAUAUAAGCCAGUAAAAAUGCUUUUAGACGAUUUUGCUUUUUAUAAAGCUAAGGUUUUAGCUUUAUGCUUUUGAAAAUGUUUACAGCCAUAAAUGCUAGUCAGCUUUCUUCCCAGUAACGUACACUUUCUUUGAAAAUCGAUCUAUUUGAAGAAAAACACUUCUGUUUUUCUCGUCUUGGUAGGGGAGUGGGUGAGGGAAAGGAAGACCUCUUUGUGUACAGAGACUAAAGCCGUCACAGGAAACUAGAUUAAAACCUGGAAAACAAGUCCUAGCUGGUUCGAGCCAAACACCAACGUUAACUCGCGGGUAUUUUCUAUGGUGGUUGGGAUGGCCGUGCGUCUUUUGCCUUUUGUUUGAUUUGACUGUAUUUUCGCCUUUUGUCUCUUAAUGACGAUCACACCAUUGCUAUAUCCAGAGCAGUAAACAGUCCUCAGCGAAGCCGCCUUUUGCCAACCCAACCCUGGAAAGUUUGCAGAAGUGGAAGGAGCAGAAAAUGCCAUGAGAGUGUAACUUACAAAAAGGUAACAACAGGAAAGACACCACCAUUCCCCCAAUAAUCCUAACUAAACAGUCCCCCCAAAAGAUAUUUUUUACAUAACACGUCCAAAACCUCCGCCCAGCUUGAUCUUCCAGACUCCAUGGCACCGGGCUGAGCGGGCUUCUUGGCUGGAGAAAGGGCAACCACCGGGUACCCCCAGAGUGACCCAUCCUCCUUUGGACAGCAGGAGCAGGCCUAAUUUCACUCUGAUAACAAGGAAUUCUGGUGAAUAGAAGGUGAAUGACUCGGGUCCUCAGAACAUCUGACAGCCCCAGAGGUCCGCCCGGCGCGAGAUUGCCAGUGCUGGCUGCUCACAGCUAUGGAUGCCCCCGGGGCCCCGGGCCCGGGCCCGGGCAGGAAGGAGCUGAAGAUCGUGAUCGUAGGUGACGGCGGCUGCGGCAAGACAUCACUGCUUAUGGUGUACAGCCAGGGCUCCUUCCCUGAGGACUACGCCCCAUCUGUGUUCGAGAAAUACACGGCCAGCGUGACUGUGGGCAGCAAGGAGGUGACCCUGAACCUGUACGAUACCGCCGGGCAGGAAGAUUAUGACCGGCUGCGGCCCCUGUCCUACCAGAACACCCACCUCGUGCUCAUCUGCUAUGACGUCAUGAACCCCACCAGCUAUGACAACGUCCUCAUCAAGUGGUUCCCUGAGGUCACACAUUUCUGCCGUGGGACCCCCAUGGUGCUCAUUGGCUGCAAGACAGACCUGCGCAAAGACAAGGAGCAGCUUCGGAAGCUCCGGGCCGCCCAGCUGGAGCCCAUCACCUACAUGCAGGGCCAGAGUGCCUGCGAACAGAUCCGAGCCGCCCUCUACCUGGAAUGUUCUGCCAAGUUUCGGGAGAACGUGGAGGACGUCUUCCGAGCAGCAGCCAAGGUUGCCCUCAGCGCUCUGAAGAAAGCACAGCGGCAGAAACGCCCGUUGUGUUUGCUGCUCUGAGCCCCCCGGGCAGGGCACACAGCCCUCAUGCAAGACUGACAGGGCCCAGGCUGCCAGGCCCGGACUGCACCCCGAGAUCCUGCUCCGUCCCCAGCUUCCCAGCGGCACUUUGAGUUGGGUGUCUCCCUGUGUCUGGAGCCUGUGGCUAGACUCUUAGAGCAUUCUGGAGAUCUCUCCUUCCCCAGCUGGGGCUCUGACCAUGAACUCACCUCCACGUUCCCCUGGGAGCUGGGCCUGCUUGGGGGGGGGUGAGGGUGCCGGAUUCAGUCUCUCUGUACCCUAGAACCAGCAUUUGUCUGUAGGACUCGGGAGUACACAGCCGCCCCCCAGCCAUGUGUGUCCCCCUUUGCACACCCGGUAGGUCCUGAAAGCCUGUGCUUGAGACAAACAACUACAUCUGGUACGUGGAUAAAAAUGUGGAUUUGUCAGCGCUCCACACGGCCCCCCUCAAGCCCGCUACUCUGCGUCACCCGCCUCCCUGGGCUCGAGAUAGGCACGGCUGCAUCCUCCAGCUUCUGGCUUCCUUCCUCCAGGAACGUGGGGGCCACAAUGGGACGGGGACUUAUCGGGACAGCGCACGCACCAGCCCCGGACAUGGGGGCUGCCACCGGCCCCCACCCCUCACCCACAGAGGACUUCAGUCUCAGCCUUCGGCCGGGCUGCCAUCUUUCCAGAGCUGGGUGCACAUGCCCAAGGGGGAGAAGAGACUCUCUCGAGAAGCAAAAAGUACCCCAGGCCCAUCAGGGGCUCCUCACCUGCAACCCCCCACUGCCGGAAACUCAAGACGAAAAGUGACAUCAGCCCCGAAUGAUCAUGGGCAAGUCACUUCUCUCUACAGACUGUUUCCCUCUCUGCAAAAGGACAGCACUGACUCAUUUUAAUAGUCAUCACGCCCUCCUGUCCCUCACAGCCCCCACUUCUGCCAAGCUGAGACUAUCCUGGCUUCCUACGAGAACACGCAACCCCCAGCUGCAGAUUCACUGAACCUUCUGGGGCCAGGAGUUUUUAAACAAGUGCUCCAGGUGAUGCCGCUGCCCCAGAGAUUGAGAGCUGCUUGCUUCCUGAGUGAGCUACAAGUCAGUAUCGCUGAACCUGGGAUAAUGGCUUGAGGUGGCUCCUGCCCUCCCAGGAUCUCCUGCCUCAGCCCCCACUAAGCCUGAGCCUCUCUGACGUCAGCUGCUAGGGAGAGACGCCUGUGUUCCACCCCAUCCCACCUCACCCCACCCUGGUUCCCCAAGGCCCUGCCAUGCCCUGGGGAGUCAAAAGAGCACUCAGUCCAAGGCCUCAUGGACAAGUGAUGGUACAGGAGAGAGGUUAGAAACCAUACUCUGUGGACCAAAUCUGGCAGCUGUGUGUUUUUGUAAAUAAAGUUUCGUUGGGACACAGCCA